CACGGCCGGGGCGGGGCUGGCGGCGGGCGGCGGAGGCGCGGGGCCUGCUCCCGCCGGCACCAUGGCCAAGACCGUGGCCUAUUUCUACGACCCCGACGUGGGCAACUUCCACUACGGAGCUGGACACCCCAUGAAGCCCCAUCGCCUGGCAUUGACCCAUAGCCUCGUCCUGCAUUACGGUCUCUAUAAGAAGAUGAUCGUCUUCAAGCCAUACCAGGCCUCCCAGCAUGACAUGUGCCGCUUCCACUCCGAGGACUACAUUGACUUCCUGCAGAGAGUCAGCCCCACAAAUAUGCAAGGCUUCACCAAGAGUCUUAACGCCUUCAAUGUAGGCGAUGACUGUCCAGUGUUUCCCGGGCUCUUUGAGUUCUGCUCCCGUUACACAGGCGCAUCUCUGCAAGGAGCAACCCAGCUGAAUAACAAGAUCUGUGAUAUUGCCAUUAACUGGGCUGGUGGUCUGCACCAUGCCAAGAAGUUUGAGGCCUCUGGCUUCUGCUAUGUCAACGACAUUGUGAUUGGCAUCCUGGAGCUGCUCAAGUACCACCCUCGGGUGCUCUACAUUGACAUUGACAUCCACCAUGGUGACGGGGUUCAGGAAGCUUUCUACCUCACUGACCGGGUCAUGACGGUGUCCUUCCACAAAUACGGAAAUUACUUCUUCCCUGGCACAGGUGACAUGUAUGAAGUUGGAGCAGAGAGUGGCCGCUAUUACUGUCUGAAUGUGCCCCUGCGGGAUGGCAUUGAUGACCAGAGUUACAAGCACCUUUUCCAGCCGGUUAUCAACCAGGUAGUGGACUUCUACCAACCCACAUGCAUUGUGCUCCAGUGUGGAGCUGACUCUCUGGGCUGUGAUCGAUUGGGCUGCUUUAACCUCAGCAUCCGAGGACAUGGGGAAUGCGUUGAAUAUGUCAAGAGCUUCAAUAUCCCUCUACUGGUGCUGGGUGGUGGUGGUUAUACUGUCCGAAAUGUUGCCCGCUGCUGGACAUAUGAGACAUCGCUGCUGGUAGAAGAGGCCAUUAGUGAGGAGCUUCCCUAUAGUGAAUACUUCGAGUACUUUGCCCCAGACUUCACGCUUCAUCCAGAUGUCAGCACCCGCAUCGAAAAUCAGAACUCACGCCAGUAUCUGGACCAGAUCCGCCAGACAAUCUUUGAAAACCUGAAGAUGCUGAACCAUGCACCUAGUGUCCAGAUUCAUGAUGUGCCUGCAGACCUCCUGACCUAUGACAGGACUGAUGAGGCUGAUGCAGAGGAGAGGGGUCCUGAGGAGAACUAUAGCAGGUCUGGGAGCAAGGACUUCAGGGGGUUCCGGCCAGAGGCACCCAAUGAGUUCUAUGAUGGAGACCAUGACAACGACAAGGAAAGUGACGUGGAGAUUUAAGACUGGCUUGGGAUGCUGUGUCCCAAAGGAUUUCUUUUUGCCUCCUGGUUGGGCUGGAGGGAAAAGGAGUAGCUCCUGCAGUCCUGGAAUGGUCACGCCAGGGCUUUUGCUGACUCUGGGAAGGAGUCUGGAGACCACAUCUGGUUCCCGAACCAUCAACCCCAUUUCCUGUCUCUCCCAAGGCCUGACAAUGGUACCUAUUAGGGAUGAGAUAUGGACAAGGAUAGCUAUCUGGGACAUUAUUGGCAAUGGGCCCUGGAGGCCAGUCCCUAGUCCCUCUUGCCCCUUAUUCCUUCCCUGCUUCCCUCCAACCCAUGAAUGGUAGACGGGGACUGAGAUUGCCCUGGACUUCCUCCUCCCCUUGCUUCCAGGGAGGGUGAAGAGAGAGGGAUUUGGCAGGAGCUCUGGCUCCCUAACACCUGAAUCUCAGAUGAUGGGAAGUAAUGUUUUCAAGUGUGGGGAGGAUAUGAAAAUGUCCUGUUCUCACUUUUGGCUUUAUGUCCAUUUUGCCACUGUUUUUAUCCAAUAAACUUAAGUAUUUUUUGUA